CUGUCACUGUCAUUUUCUGCUGUCAAUCUGUCAAAACAAAACAAUGAAUGAAUAAUUUUGAAGAUUUUGCAAUAAUAAAUCAUGUAAUUUUAUUAUUAUUGUGAAUAUAAUCAACCCACCAACAAUGGCUCUAAACCUAGAGAGUUGUGACAGCUUGCCGCCCGACGAGGAGCCCAAACUAAAAUACGAUCGUAUGGGCAACGACGUGCAAAACAUCCUGCUGAAGGACGCCGUGAGCUGCAUCCGCGUGCACCCCAAGUUCAUCUGCCUGGGCACGCAGUGGGGCGUGGUGCACCUGCUGGACCACGAGGGCAACACGGUGCCGUUCGGCGCGGGCGGCGCCAAGGAGCUGCAGGCGCACGCCGUGGCCGUCAACAUGAUCUCCGUGGACGAGGCGGGCGACCACCUCGCCAGCUGCUCCGACGACGGCAAGCUGCUGGUGGCCGGCCUCUACGCCGCCGACAACGAGCACAGCCUCGCGCUCGGAAGGGUUGUGAAAUCCGUGGCACUAGACCCCAACUACUACAAGUCUGGAUCGGGACGCAGGUUUCUUACAGGUGACAAUAAAUUAACACUUUAUGAGAAAACCUUCCUAAACCGGCUCAGAAGUACUGUCCUGUGUGAGUGUGAGGGCUACGUGCAGGCCAUGGCGUGGUGCGGGCGCUUUGUGGCGUGGGCCAGCGAGGUGGGCGUGCGCGUGUACGACCUGGUCGCGCGCUGCUCCCUCGGCCUCAUACAGUGGGAGAAGAGCCCCACACGCUCCAUAGAAGAUUACAGAUGUAAUUUACUGUGGUCAGCACCAAAAACUCUCAUGAUAGGUUGGGUGGACACCAUCAGAAUAUGUGUCAUUAGGAAAAGAAGCCAAAUUGAAUUACAAACUCGAGAUGUAACCGAAUAUCUAGUAGAUCCAGUAUACACAUUUCAAACAGACUAUUACAUCAGUGGACUAGGUCCACUGGAUGAUCAACUAGUCUUGCUUGGUGUACCUAAGGAGCCAGACCCUGAAACAGGCAAGGCGCAGCGGCCUGUGCUGUCCGUAGCUGACUAUAAAGACUGUGACUUUAGUGAGAUCUCCACCGACUGCCUCAAUAUCAGAGGAUAUCAGGAAUACUCCUGCAAUGACUACCAUUUAGAUAUGCUUAUAGAAGAAAAUAGAUUUUUUAUAGUUUCCCCUAAAGACAUAGUGGUGGCGAGUCCAUACGACAUAGACGACCGCGUCAGCUGGCUCACAGAACACGGCAGGUUUGAGAAGGCACUGACGGUCCUGGAGGAGGUGGGCGGCAAGACCUCCAGGCACUCCGUGAACACGGUGGGCGUGCAGUACCUCGACCACCUCAUGGCUGAGCAGCUAUUCGAGGAGGCCGCCAUCCUCUGCGCCAGGAUAUGCAAAAAUGACAAGGUCUUGUGGGAGAACCAAAUACUUAAAUUCGCUGAAGUGAAUCAGCUUAGAACUAUUAGUCCAUAUGUACCUAAAAUACCGGAGCAAGCACUGAGCUCACAUAUCUAUGAACUCAUCUUUUAUGAAUACCUUAAAGUAGAUCCGACAGGCUUCCUCAAGUUGGUGAAGGAGUGGAAUCCAGCCCUGUAUAAAACGGGCGUCGUCAUCAAAGGAGUGCUGGAGCACCUGCUGACCACGGAGGUGGACAAGAACCUGUACCUGGAGGCGCUGGCCACGCUCUACUGCUACCAGAAGAAGUACGACAAGGCGCUCAACACGUACCUGACGCUGCAGCACCCCGACGUGUUCACGCUCAUCGCCAAGUACAACAUGUACGACGUGAUCCACGACAAGAUCCUGGAGCUGAUGUCGCUGGACGCGGCGCGCGCGCUGGGCGUGCUGCUGGACCGGCGCGCGCGCGCGGCGCCCGAGCUCGCGGAGCGCCAGCUGCGGCGCCACGACCGCCUGCUGUUCCUGUACCUGGACGCCUACAGCAAGCUGGAGCCCGCCGGGCGCUACCACGGCCGCCUCGUGCAGCUCUACGCCAAGUACGGCCGCGACAAGCUGCUGCCCUUCCUCAAGAGCAGCGACAACUACCCCAUCCAGGAGGCGCUGGACGUGUGCCAGAGCAACCAGCUGCACCCGGAGACCGUGUUCCUGCUGGGCCGCAUCGGCAACACGCGCGAGGCGCUGUCCAUCAUCAUCGAGCAGCUGGACGACGUGGCGCAGGCCAUCGACUUCUGCCAGCAGCACGACGACCGCGAGCUGUGGGAGCAGCUGAUCCUGCGCGCCGUGCGGCGGCCGCGGCACCUGGCGCUGCUGCUGCGGCGCGUGGGCACGCACGUGGACCCGCGCGCGCUGCUGCGGCACAUCCCGCGCGGCGCCGCCGUGCCCGACCUCAAGCACGCGCUGGCGCAGAUGCUGUGCGACUACCGGCUGCAGCGCUCCGUGCAGGCGGCGUGCCGCGCCACCACGCUGCGCAACUACUUCGACCUGCACGCCAAGCUGGUGGCGGCGCAGGCGCGCGGCACGCCCGUGUCGGACGACGUGCUGUGCUGCGCGUGCCGCGGCCGCCUCAUCAGCCGCGACCUGGCCGGCGCCUCCGACCUGCUGGUGUACAACUGCCGCCACGCCUUCCACGUCGAGUGCCUGCCCGCCGCCGCGCCGCACGACCGCUGCGCCGUCUGCAACGCCAUCAACAUGUAGCCACCACCUACCGACUAACACUGUACUUGUAUAUAGCUGUAUUUAUGUUGCUUAUAAUUUUGACACUGAAAUGAAUGCUGGCGUAAUUUUUUACAUUCAGAACAAAAAAAUACCUAAGUUGUAUGAAGUGGUUUACCACUUCUUGCAUAUAGUAUUUUCUUGUUCUGAAUUUUGCUAAUCACUUUAAUAGUAGAAACAUAUUUGCAGAUAAGAAAGAAAUGAGCCUGUCGAAGGUCUUUCUGAACGAGUUUUUAAUAUCUACCAAUAUGCUUCUAUCUAUUAUGCUCAAUAAAUAAUGUGUGUAAGGUAAUCAAAUUUAGUUAAGUGCAUAUAAUAUUUUUCCAUGUAUAACAAUAACUAAUCCAAAAGACAUUAUCAGCUGUGAAGCUGCACUACAUUAAUUUACUUACAUAUAACUAUUUAAUAAACUGUAAUGGUGCUUUUAUAUGUA